AUGGCAGGUCACUUUGCUAAUCGUCUUGCUGAACGAGCAAUUGAUGAGCUGAUAAGUCCAUUCCGUCGAAUAAACAUUAAGGAUGAAGAAGCUGCUCUCCUUAAGGCAAUCAUUAUCGCUAAUCCAUAUAUCAAAGGACUCACGUCGGAGGCUGGCGAAGCCAUUGCUGAUUUGAGGGAUAGAGUCCAGGAGACACUCUAUCAUGUCGUUCGUGAGAUGCAUCCGAAGGACAUCGCAUCAUCACGCUUCGGAAAUCUUUUACUCUUCAUACCUAGCGUUAUGAUGCUUGGCACGCUAGCCUUUGAAAAUCUUCAAAUUGUCGACUCGUUUGGUUACAUGCAAGACCGUCUCAUGCAUGAUGUUCUUCAAGAAUAUUCUGUCGACAUGUCAGUUGUGCAGGAUGGUAGUAAUGCUCAAUCGCAAUCAAGGAAUCAUACAGGCGAAUCCGAUAUGCUACAUUCAGCUUCGUCCACGUCAAUGGAAUCGUUAUCCAGCUGUGGGUGCGCACAUUCCUACAGUGUCAAUGAGCAGAGCUUACCAUACAACUUCUCCAGCAAUUCGUUACCAUCAACUGUGAACAAUUUCGAGGUGGCCAUGAAUAGCGCAUCAUCGAUGCCAAAUUUGGACCAAAUGCCUGAAUGCGAUCCGGACUACAACGUAACACUCACUCCAGAUAUGUACUGUGGUGUGUCGUACUAA